UAUGCGUGGCUUAAAGCUGCCGUGUAGUAGUAUUGUUAUGUCAGCCGUUCAUAGUUCUACCUGUCACCGCCCAAUUUCGUCCCCGGGACACUCGCCAGUGGUCAACAUAUGACCUGGGCUGGGCAGAGCAGUAGGAACAUACAGGUGUUUAUUUUAGCACGCCACGUGUACGGAAGUCGACCAGAAGAUAUGGAGAAGUCGACUGAAAGGGAAACAACAUGAGAUAGACAACCGACGCGGAGUAUAGCGGGCAUGCGAUGGUCGACCUACACCUCGGUCGACUUCGAUGUAGAACUGUGAUCUAUGUCAUAGUCGUCCUCACCUUAAUCGCGACCGUUUUUAUCACUCGUUUAUCUCCGAGGAGGAAAUUUAAAUUUAAACAAAAGGAACGUCAAAGCAAGAAGGAGAGGGAUUUUAUUGACGUUACCAGAAUAGAACACAAAGUGCAGAGCCAAUUCCUGGAGCCCAAGGAUGGGGUCACAAUCCAGAACCUUUACACAUCGACAUCACACAGACGAAGAAAGAGUCGAUGUAAAGUUUUCCGGGGUUCUACUAAAGACCCGAAACACUGUGUGCCUUUAAAAACGAUUAACGGGGAAACCCCUAUCUGUAUCUUUGAUCCAGUCGAGGACCGCAUGAUAUCCUCCUACAUCCGGGAUUUCGGUACAUGGGAGCCAGAUUUGGUAAACAUGACCGUUGACAUCCUCCAGGCCAACCCUGGGAUGCAGUUCCUCGAUCUCGGGUGUAAUCUGGGGGCAUUCACUAUCUCUGUGGCUAAGCUUGGCCGGAGAGUUGUAGCCGUCGACAUUCUUUCUCGGGCGUUGGGAAAUCUGCAGCAUUCUUUAACUCUUGGAAACCUGACCGAAAAUGUGACGCUUAUUUUGAACGCAAUAUCAAACGGGCGGGAAAAGGUCAAGGUAAAUGUUGUGCCUUACAAUAUUGGAGGUAGUCAUGUCCGACAUCACGUCGAGGAAGGCCUUAAUGAGGAACUAGUACAUAGUAUUACCAUGGACGACCUCUUAGAGGUAAUCGACUCAGGGGAAGUUUUUAUCAAGAUGGACAUUGAAGGUCAUGAACAGAAAGCGUUAGAGAAAAGUAAAGAGUUUUUCAGUAAGGUGAAUGUUAAGUUUCUUUUGAUGGAAUGGAUGUUACACAAAGGCAAACCAAGCGGUGACAAAAUCAUCAAGUUUUUAGUGACGAACGGUCUACUUCCAUAUCUAGAUUACAACUUACGUGAAGUGCUGCCACUUGGACGAGCUUCCUUCUGGCCAGACAACGUACUGUGGGCCAAGAGGUAGCACUUUGAAAGGAAAUAACGAGAAUGUUACAUAGCAGCGAUAAUAUAUACGUCUAAGGCAUAGUGUGCAAUCAGUUACAUGUACAUCUGUCAUGAAGGAAUCUAGUCAAGUUCCAGUACUUUUAUGACAUCAGUACAUGACAGAGAAAACAAAAAAUGGUGCAUUCCUAUUAUACUAUUAUAUAUUACUAUUUUAUACGUACAUUGUGAUAGGUAUCACUGUUCAAGUGUCGACCAAGAUUAUAUAUGUUGUGUUAAUUUAGUCGAUAAGUCAUCAUUGUCAUUAGAUCGGAUGGAUAGUAAUCUACAUAUAAGGUAUUUAGACACAAGGCUAAAUUUCUAAACCAUCUGUCAUCUCCAUCAUACUUUGAACAAAAUCAUUACAUAAUAACAGAAAUGCCCCUCCUCUCACCCCCACCCCGUUUUCUGUAUAUGGUGGUGAUCAUGAUACAAAUAUUGUGUGAGACGUGCGAGACAAGCGAUCGUGAUACAAAUAUUGUGUGAGACGUGUGAGACAAGCGAUCAUGAUACAAAUAUUGUGUGAGACGUGUGAGACAAGCGAUCAUGAUACAAAUAUUGUGUGAGACGUGUGAGACAAGCGAUCAUGAUACAAAUAUUGUGUGAGACGUGUGAGACAAGCGAUCAUGAUACAAAUAUUGUGUGAGACGUGUGAGACAAGCGAUCAUUAUGCAAAUAUUGUGUGAGACGUGUGAGACAAGCAAUCAUGAUACAAAUAUUGUGUGAGACGUGUGAGACAAGCGAUCAUGAUACAAAUAUUGUGUGAGACGUGUGAGACAAGCGAUCAUGAUACAAAUAUUGUGUGAGACGUGUGAGACAAGCGAUCAUUAUGCAAAUAUUGUGUGAGACGUGUGAGACAAGCAAUCAUGAUACAAAUAUUGUGUGAGACGUGUGAGACAAGCGAUCAUGAUACAAAUAUUGUGUGAGACGUGUGAGACAAGCGAUCAUGAUACAAAUAUUGUGUGAGACGUGUGAGACAAGCGAUCAUUAUGCAAAUAUUGUGUGAGACGUGUGAGACAAGCAAUCAUGAUAUAAAUAUUGUGUGAGACGUGUGAGACAAGCGAUCAUGAUACAAAUAUUGUGUGAGACGUGUGAGACAAGCGAUCAUGAUACAAACAUUGUGUGAGACGUCAUUCAUCACGGACGUAUUGAAGAUGUUCCCUCGUACUCUGUCCCAUCCUUGCAGGGACUUUCGCUCCUUGCACCCCUGGAAUAUGUCAUUGCUAAAUCGAAGGCUCGCUAUUGAGCUUUUCUAGUACGGCCUCCACUUCUUGGUCGCCGUCUUCCAUUGUGUUAUCACAACAUGUUAUUUAUGUUGUUGGCGUUUCUCAUUCUCAAUAUCCUUCACAUUUUCCUGAUUUGAACCCGCUGUAUUUACCCGUUCUACAAUUUGUACAAAGACAUACAUGCCAAAGCGAUAUGACGCAUACAAUUAUAACAGGAAAAGGAGUAAGCCUUGACUCAUACACGACACAGUCCCCGUUCUGUUGUCUUGCAGGCGGUUUGCCACGGACUGAGUUGUUCUUACGAAACAUGUGCUGUGUAAUAUUUGUUCUAAUUGUGAUGAAGAUCAUAGAAUGACUGAUUUUGUGGACAUAACAUAGCAAGUAAUUCUUAUAUACAUAUCAAAGAUAAUUCUGUAUGAUAGCCAGAGAAGCAGUGCAUAUUUGCGGACACAAAUUGUUGUUAUAAGUAUUUAAUAUAUUCAACUAUAACAAGUUCUAAGCAUUAUCGUCAACUACAUGUGGAUUUAUUUAACUAGUUAUAAUUAAAGAUUUUUACAUUUUUA